AUGUUUCAAACAGAUACUGACCUCGACACGAUUGACCAGCUCGCCCUGUCCACCCUCAACGCACUUGACGCGUUCAGCGUGUUCGAUAUGAUCAAUACCAUCGCAUUUGACGCGCUCAAGGCGCUCAAGGCGUUCGAGGCGUUCGAGGCGUUCGACGUGAUUGAUACCGUUGCAUUCAACGCGUCCAACGCGCUCGAAGCGUUUGAGGCGUUCGACGCAAUCAAUACCGUCACAUUCAGCGCGUUCGGUGCGUUCGAUGCGAUCAACACUGUCGCUUUUGGCGUGCUCGAUGUGCUCGGCGCAUUCGAUGUGUUUGAGGCGUUCAAUGCAUUCGAUGCAAUCGACACCGUCGCGUUUGGCGCACUCAAUGCGAUUGACAUGCUCAACAUGGUUGUGUUUAACAGGUUCGAUGUGUCCGCCUUCAGCCGUCUGUGGGGGUUAGGGUUAGGGUUAGGGUGGUAG